AGCAAUAGGCCCAACUGUCAAUCACCGAAGCCCAGUGUGCUCGGCCUGCUGGCCAGUCCAAUUAUAGCUUGGCCGCCGUAUCAUCGUCGUCACGGGAAACAGUUUCCAUUCCAUUUUUGCCAGUUCAGACACUCUACGGGCGAAUUCCACAACAAUCUCCGACGCACAAAUUACUCGGACACAAGGGGAAAAUGUCGAUUUCGCAGAAGCUCAGGAUGUUCAUCGUCCAGGAACCCGUGAUAGCAGCCUCAUGCAUCAUCGGCGGCAUCGGUCUUUUCCUUCCUGCAUUUGUUAGGCCCAUGCUAGACUCCUUCGAAGCAGGGAAGGAAGUAUCUCCGCCUCCGUUGAGUGAUGUGGUCGCCGGCGUCACUGGUAAAAAGCAGUGAUGAAUCAUUCGUUCAAAACAGGCAAAGAACUCGAGGAUUGCGACCAAACCCUUGGAGCAGUAUGGUUUAAGAACUAAGGAUUUACCCUUUUUUUUUUUUGGAUAACCUGCAUAUUCAGCCUAGCAUUGGCAGUUUUUGGUGCAUGAUUUAUGAAUAAGAAUGCCUAGACUGGAGAUUUUCUGUGUGGAGUUUGCUUUUCCCAGUGAUAGACUGGAAAUGCUGGUUGGAUUGCUCAACAAUUGGUUUGAAGGUCAGCUCAUUUCGAGUUAACAUGUCUCUUAUUAUCAGAAAGGUGUAGUCUUUAGGUCAUGGAGCCUUUGUUUCCCUACUUGAAAUGUUAAUUUCUACUUGAAUAAGAUUGGACUUCGCUAUACUCUUGAUUACUGUUAUAUAUCUAGGCAUAUUGGGGAGG